AUGGGGAACAGCCUGAGCAGACGGCACCACGGGCACCACGGGCACCAUGCCCAGCCGCCCCCCGCGGCGCAGAACAGCCAGCCUCAGGGCCAGCAGUACUCGGGCUACGGUCCGCGGCCCACGGACCACGGCCGGUUCUAUGGCAACAUCCCCACGCAGUAUCCGGAGCAAUACCCGGGCUAUCGGCAGGGCGCGGGCCACAGGCCGGCCGGGGCGGCCGCGCAGCAGCCGACGCAGCUGCAGCAGACCAAGACAAUAAGGAAUCAGGUGAACCUGAAGAAGCCCACGCUGAGGCUGGUUCCGCGUCCAGGAGAAGGGGACCUCGUCACGCCCACGUUUAAAUUUGACGCGUCGGCGCCUUGCAGUGUUACCGUCUUCUUUAUGGCCAAAGAGGAGUCAGACAAGGCAUGCAAGUUAACAACCCAGAAACAAGACGCUGGCGCGCGUGUUACGUAUGAGAAGGGGUUGGGACACGUCUUCCCACCCCCAGAUGACGACGAGUGUGCCAAGACGCAUUCAUUGGACAUUAGCCUGUACAACAUUCGUGACCUCACGAACAUGUCCCUCAGCAAGACUGACGCCUUCCCCAUCGUCAUUCGUCUGGAGACGGUCACGGACAAGGGUGCUCAGGAUGGUCACAACCUGGCUGAGUUGGAGCCUGGCUGCGCAACCCCCACAUGGGUCCAGUCCCAAACGACCUAUGCCUGCCUUGUGAAAGAGGAGGACGGCACCUGGGAGGCACGGCCCAUACGUCAGAAAAUAUGGGUCGAGAAUGUGUCCUAUGAGCUGCAGGAGAUCUAUGGGAUCCAAGACAUUUAUGGGGGGGACAAGAAGGAGAAGGCCAUGGCAUUGGGCACUGCGGGCUACUCUGAGGACCUGGAAGGCAAGGAGUGUGUAAUCUGCCUUGCUGCUGUCCGUGACACAACUGUUCUGCCAUGCCGGCACAUGUGCAUGUGUGAGGCAUGUGCCAGGGAGUUGCAGCGGCAGCAGGUGUCCCGAUGUCCGAUUUGCAGAGACUUGAUUGAGUCGCUGCUGCACAUCAAGCGGCCAGAGAAGAAAACCGGGGACAAAAAGGAGGACCCCACGGUGGACAAGGCAAAUGAAGCUGUCAGCGCUAAGUAA